AUGUCCACCUGUCCACCCAAUGUCCACCCAACGCCCACCUGCCCACCCAACGUCCACCCAACGUCCACCCGACCAACAUCCACCUGUCCACCCAAUGCCCACCUGUCCACCCAACAUCCACCCAACCUCCACCUGCCCACCCAACGCCCACCCGUCCACCAUCCACCCACCGCCGCCCGCCCGCCCGACGUCCCCGUGUCCCGCCAGCCGCCGCUGGAGAGCCUGGCCACGGUGGAGGAGACGGUGGUGCGGGACAAGGCGGUGGAGUCGCUGCGGGCCGUGUCGCACGAGCACUCGCCGCCGGACCUCGAGGGUCACUUCGUGCCGCUGGUCAAGCGCCUGGCCGGCGGCGACUGGUUCACGUCGCGCACCUCGGCCUGCGGCCUCUUCAGCGUCUGCUACCCCCGCGUGUCCAGCCCCGUCAAGGCCGAGCUGCGCCAGACUCGGUGCGGCUGCUGGCGGUCGAGGCCUGCACAUGGACGGGGGGGGUCACCUGGGGGUCACCUGGGGGUUACCUGCGGCUCACCUGUGCUCACCUGUGCACACCUGUGCUCACCUGGGCAGGACUCGGUGCGGCUGCUGGCGGUCGAGGCCUGCGUGAGCAUCGCGCAGCUGCUGCCGCAGGAGGAGCUGGAGGGGCUGGUGAUGCCCACGCUGCGCCAGGCGGCCGAGGACAAGUCCUGGCGCGUGCGCUACAUGGUGGCCGACAAGUUCACCGAGCUGCAGCGCGCCGUGGGCCCCGAGAUCACCAAGACCGACCUGGUGGGCGCCUUCCAGAGCCUGAUGAAGGACUGCGAGGCCGAGGUCCGGGCGGCCGCCUCGCACAAGGUCAAAGAGUUCUGCGAGAACCUGUCCCCGGACUGCCGCGAGGCCGUCAUCAUGGGCCAGAUCCUGCCCUGCAUCAAGGAGCUGGUGUCGGACGCCAACCAGCACGUGAAGUCGGCGCUGGCCUCGGUGAUCAUGGGGCUGUCGCCCAUCCUGGGCAAGGACAACACGGUGGAGCACCUGCUUCCGUACUGGUCCGAACUGGUCCGCGCCGCUUUCCCCGCAGUGUACGCCAUCCGCGAGGCCGCCACCAGUAACCUGCGGAAGCUGGUGGAGCGCUUCGGGCACACCUGGGCGCAGGGCACCAUCGUGCCCAAGGUGCUGGCCAUGGCCGCCGACCCCAACUACCUGCACCGCAUGACCACGCUCUUCUGCAUCAACGUGCUGUCGGAGGUGUGCGGGCAGGAGGUGACCACCACGCAGAUGUUGCCCAUGGCCCCGUGUCUCACCUGUCCCACCUGUC